CAGGUAAUAACCUCUACAAGGAUCCCGGCCUCGUAGCCAGCCUACGCUUUUUGGAGUAUGGACUAGUAGUUACAGAAGUCCUUUGUAUAGCUUCAAAUGAGGCUGGUUCCGCGGGAUUGAAUAUGUAUCUCGUUGAGAAUUCUUCAAUUACUUCAGCACACACUGUCUAACUCACCACGGUCAACAUGAGUGCACACGAUAGUAUCGUCAUCUUGGGGGCUGGCAUCAUCGGCCUUGACGUAGCCCUUGUCCUAGCAGAAAGAGGCUACGGCAAGUCUAUCACAGUCAUCGCGGAACAUCUUCCCGGAGAUACAGCACUGAGUUAUACUUCUCCCUGGGCUGGCUGCAACUUUUCAGCUAUCUCUGGCACAGAUGCCAAUGCCUUAAAAUGGGACAAGGCAGGAUACUUCCAUCUGAGCAAGCUUGCUUCUGAGAGACCAGAGCAGUCAUAUGUCAAACGAACUCCUUCAAUGGAGCUUUGGGACGAUAAUGUUCCUCGCGACAAGAUCCAGGCAAUGUCUGAAUAUCUAGAGGACUUCCAAGAACUAAAAACCUCUGAACUGCCCGAGGGCGUCAAGUUUGCUGUCUCCUUCACGACACUUACUGUCAAUGCGCCCAAGCAUCUUGUCUACCUCUAUGAGAGACUGAAGAAUGACUACGGUGUUCGCUUUGUUCGCCAGAAGCUUCCAGAUCUUCAAACUGCUUUCUUUAGCCAGUCAACCCAGAUUGCGUUCAACUGUACAGGCAACGCUGCUCGAAUGUUGCCAGGAGUUGAGGAUCCAAAGUGCUACCCGACUAGAGGACAGGUCCUGUUGACUCAUGCGCCCGAGGUUCACACGAACAUCAUGAGACAUGGGAAGGAUUACGAGACAUACGUCAUCCCCCGCCCGUUUUCCAAGGGACACGUCAUUCUCGGAGGGUACAUGCAAAAGGGGAACGGUGAUGGUGCGACUUACUCGUACGAAACAGAGUCCAUCUUGGAGCGCACCAAGGAACUCAGUGAUGAAGUCAGGAAUGGAGGUCUAGAUGUUCUCGCAGCUUUCUCGGGUCUUCGUCCGUCACGCGAAGGCGGCGCUCGAGUAGAGAGGGAGGAACUGACUGUGGCAGGACAAAAGCGCACAGUAGUUCACAACUAUGGUGCAGGUGGAACUGGAUUCCAGGCUGGUUAUGGCAUGGCUCUAGAUGCCGUUCGUGCCGCUGAGCCUGUUUUGUCAAAGAUCCAUACCGAGCUCAAGCCGAAGCUGUGAUGCAUUGUGCGCGAGCAGAUAGUAAGUGUUCAAGUGAAGGUGGGUGGAGUCACUGAGAAAAGGUCACUGGAUACAUGUGAAAGGGCCAGUAUGUAAUAAACAAGGAAAGAUGUACUAUUGUAUUGACAGUAUUGCUUCUAAGCUAUGUUCUUUUCUUGUGCGAAAUAUGAUAAUAUCUAAAUACAAAAACAGGUCAUGUAGGUCGUUAGGUACUCAGUCUAAGUAAAGUUAUGCAAUCAUUGCUCUCCAUGGUUCCCAGACUCUUUGAGAUGCAUGUAGGUACAGAGGAAAUCUUAAAAGAAGUAAACAGGAUAAGGAGGCUUCUCGUAGCCAGCCUUGGAAGUAGUGGUGUGCUCAGCCGCCUUUGGUGUAGAGACAGGAGUCUCGUAGAGCUUGGUGGUAGAUCGGAUGAAGGUGGUGACCGUGCCGUUGCCGGGAGCGUGGUGGGUGGGGAUGGUAGGAGGAUAACUCUUGGAUGGAGAGGGGUAGACGUGAGAGUUCCACGGCUUGAUCUGGGUGGUGGCAGUGGCGUAGACGGUGGAAGUAACGGCGCCGAUGGGGCAGUUGGUAACUGUGGGAGGGCAAGCAGUGACGGUGUAGUACUUGGUGGUGUAAAGAGUUGAUGUCGAGUUACCAGGAGGGUAGUAAGUAGCACCAGGACCGGGAAUGACCUGAGUCUUGGUGACGGGGCAGAGAGUAGUCGAGAGAGCGAUGGUCUCGGUUGUAACGUGGGGAGUACCAGGGCAGUUGGCAACGUGAGGAGCGCAAGCAGUGACAGUUCGGAUGUUGGUCGUGUAGAUGGUGGAGGUAGACCAGCCGGUUGUGACGACCUGCUGAGUUGGGACGGGGUAGGUCUGGUGGGGCUGGCUGGGUUGCUCGUGGUUGGAGGGUUGUCCAGCGGUCUUGGUGGGGUGAGACUGCUCCUCGGUGACUGGGCAGACGGUGGUGGAGAUGGCGAUGGUCUCGGUGGUGACGUGAGGAGUAGGGGUCUCGCAGUUGGGGAACUCGGGGCCGCAUGUAGUCACUGUUCGGACGCUGGUGGUGUAGACAGUAGAUGUAGACCAGGCGGUAGUCUUGGCAGGCUGAGUAGGCUGAGGCUGGGUUUGAUGAUGCUCGGUUGGCUUAGGCUGAGUAGGCUUGGGCUCAGUAUGGUGCUGCUCAGUCACGGGGCAGAUGGUAGUAGAAACAGCGAUAGUCUCAGUGGUGACGUGAGGAGUAGGUGUCUCGCAGUUAGGGAACUCAGGACCACAAGCAGUGACAGUGCGGAUGCUGGUGGUGUAGAUGGUGGAGGUGGACCAUCCAGUAGUCUUGGCGGGCUCUGUAUGCUGAGUCUCAGUAGGCUUGGGUUGAGUGGGCUUGGGCUGAGUUGGCUUAGGCUGAGUCUGGUGCUGCUCAGUGACGGGGCAAACAGUGGUAGAGAUAGCGACAGUCUCAGUAGUGACAUGGGGAGUAGGUGUCUCGCAGUUCGGGUACUCAGGAGCGCAAGAGGUAACAGUGCGGAUGGUAGUCGUGUAGACAGUUGAAGUGGUCCACUCAGUAGUGGAAGCGGGCUGAGUAGAUCCAGCUUCAGACUGGCCACCAGUGACGGGCUUGGUAGAGUGUCCCUCAGUAGCAGGCUUUGUCUCAACAGGCUUGGUCUCAGUAGGAACUGCGUAAGUGGGCUUGGUCUCGGUGGCAGGCUUUGUCUCUGUAGCGGGCUUGGUCUCAACAGGCUUGGUCUCAACAGGCUUGGUCUCAACAGGCUUGGUCUCUGUAGCAGGCUUGGUCUCUGUCUCGGUAGCAGGCUUGGUAGAUCCCUCAUGGUGAGUGACAGGCUUAGUAGACUCCUCAGUCUCAGUAGUAGGAACAGUAGACUGGCCCUCUGUCUCAGUAGCCUGGGUAGGAACGGGGUAGGUGGGCGAUUCCUUGGUGACAGUGGCAGGCUUGGUAGAUCCAGCUUCAGUCACAGGACAGACAGUGGUAGAGAUAGCAAUAGUCUCGGUUGUGACAUGCUUGCCGUUGGGACAGUCGGGAAUCUCGGGAGGGCAAGAGGUGAUGGUGCGGAUGGUGGUUGUGUAGACAGUUGAGGUGGUCCACUGGCUGGUCUGCUGAGUGUUGGGCUUGGUCUCGGUGGGCACAGUCUCGGUCUUGGCUGAGGCUGUCUCGGUGGUAGCCUUGGGAGGAGGAUAGGCACCGGUGGAAGUUCCAACAGCGGGCUUGGUAGACUCAGCGGGAAGGGACUCGGUCUCAGUCUUGACACCAGUCUCGGUGGUCUCAGUACCCUUGGGGGGAGGGUAAACACCAGUUGAGGUACCAACGGCAGGCUUGGUGGUUUCAGUCUCGGCAGGGACAGUCUCAGUCUCAGUGCCCUGGGUAGCCUCAGUGGUUCCCUUAGGAGGAGGAUAGACACCAGUGGAUGUACCGACAGCAGGCUUGGUAGUCUCAGUCUCAGCAGGAAGAGUCUCAGUCUCAGCACCCUCAGUGGUACCAGUAGUGACCUUGGGAGGAGGGUAAGCACCAGUAGAAGGAGAAGUCUCAGUCUCCUCGGGAACAGACUCAGUCUUGGUCUCAGUCUCACCAGGCUUGGAGACAGUAGCAGUCUCGGUACCUUGGUGCUCAGUCUCGGUAGAGCCAGGAACAGGAUAGGUAGGAGUACCAGUCUCGCCAUGCUCAGUCACAGGCUUGGUCUCGGUGACGGGGCAGAUGGUAGUAGACACAGCGAUGGUCUUGGUAGUGACAUGUUGACCAUUGGGGCAGUCGGGAACCUCGGGAGGACAAGAAGUGACAGUAUACACAUUGGUAGUGUAGACAGUUGAGGUAGUCCACUGGGUAGUAGAGGCACUGCCAGUUUCGGUCUCAACACCAGUAUCGGUAGUAUCGGUACCCUUGGGAGGGGGGUAGACAUCAGUUGAGGUGCCGACAGCGGGCUUGGUGGUCUCGGAAACAGCCGUGGUACCCUCGCUACCGGGCUGGGUUGUGGGGGUACCCUCGGGAGGAGGAUACGCGUCAGUAGAGCUGCCAACAUCGGUAGAUCCCUGCUGGGUUACAUCGGUACUCUCGGGAGGAGUGUACCCGGAGGUGGGGGUAAGAGCCUCAGUUGUAUCCUUGCCGGGCUUGGUGGUCUCGGUGUUGGCGGGGGGAGGAUACAGAUCAGUUGAGGUUUUACCCUCAGCAGUAGUCUCAACGGCAGUAGACUCAUGCUCAGACUCAGAUGGAGUGUUCUCGGGAGGAGGGUAAGCACCGGUUGGGGUGGACUCUUCAGAUGUAACAACGGCAGAAGACUCUUGCUCAGUCUCUGUCUUUUGAGUGUUUACAGGAGGGGGAUAAGCUCCAGUGGGUGUUGAGGCCUCAGUGGUAUCUUGUCCAGGCUGGGUGUUGGCAGGAGGAGGAUAAGCAUUGGAAGGAGUCUCGACAACAGAAGUGUCUUCAACAGGCUUGCUAGCACUCUCGGUAGCUGCAGACUCGGGAGGUGCAUAGUUGGUGGUUUCUUGGUGCUCGGAAGUAGCGACAGUGGGGACUGAAGGAGGAGCAUAAGGAGAAGUCUCUUGCUCAGUGGGCUCAGUGUUAGCAGACUGAGCGGGAGGAGGAUAGAGAUCAGUAGAGACGGCCGGGGCUUGAUAGGCCGAAGUUGUGACAGCCGGAGGCAGAUCGUAGUUUCCUCGUGGCUGACGACGAUAGUCUAAAACACCAGCGUUGGCCGCGCUGAACGCAACGGCGCUGAGUAGAAAGAAGCUUCUCAUCUUUCCUUUUGUUUCAACGAAUGUUGUGAAGCGAAUGAAAUGUUUUGUUUAUGUGAAACGAAAGUGAAUUGUUGCUGAAGAAAAGGAAUGUGUAACGAGCUGGUGUAGCCUGAAUCUUUAUACCAAUCUCGAGAUCGGCUGUCAGGUUACAUUUUCAGCUGAAGAUGGAUUUGCUUCUCCACGUAAGUGGUACGCGCACAUCAAUCAUGAUCCAAAGUUGGAAGCGUCUCCAUGGCCAUGCAGGCCCGAAGUGGGAAUACGGGCGCUUGCAUACAAAACAUAGCAGGGUGAGGUCAUUCCGGAUCUACCUAAUGGGGAGCGACAGGGCGGUCAGUCGAUGGGUGGUUGGACGAGAGAGAGUCGUUUGGGCAGAAAGGCGCGGGUAGGGGAUAGUGGAUCAGAGACAAGGUUGUUUGAACAUCCGAGAUACCCAGGCGGCU